GUGGCCUCUUAUGACAUGAGUGCACUUACCCCAGGAUGACAACUAUCAGUCAUCUAAACAAAGCUCAACAUGAGCUCAUUUUCAUCAAGGAGCUCUUUUAUUUCUAAUAUGAAUAGACUGAUAUGUGUAUUAUUGGGCUCCUACCUUCUGCUGCUGGUUUUAAACAAAUCUCUCACUGUAGAUGCAACGGAGUACUCAUGGAAUAUGGCUGAAACCAGAAAAGGGCAAUCUGCUAUUAGGAGGGUCAGAAGUGUAAACAAACCAGCUCCUAUCAACUGUAAGAUGAAAAUGUGGUCGUCAUGGACCCCUUGUGACUCCUGCACAGACAAGAAGUUUCGUUUCCGUUACAUGGAGAAAGCGUCCCAGUUUGGUGGGAGACCAUGUUUGGAUAGUCAGUGGGAAGAGCUGGCAUGCCCCACAGCACAGGCAGUGUGUUGGGAACCAGACAUCUGUGGAGAAAGAUUCACCUGCAAUGCCACAGGUCGUUGUGUGAGCCAGGUGCUUCGCUGUAACGGUGAGGUCGACUGUGACGACGAGUCUGAUGAGACGGACUGUGAGCAGGUGGACGACAGACAGGACAAGUGUUCCACACUGCUACCCAUCCCUGGAGCUGGCCGAGGCACUCAGGGCUUUAACAUACUGACAGGAGAAUUUGUGGACCACGUUCUUGACCCACAAUACUAUGGAGGACAGUGUGAAUAUGUCUACAAUGGAGAAUGGAGAAAACUCAUCUAUGAUCCCUUCUGUGAGAAUUUACAUUAUAACGAGGAUGAGAAAAACUAUCGUAAACCCUACAACUUCCAUACAUACCGCUUCAUGGCCCAGGCCACUUCUGAAGGCUCCUCAGAGUAUUAUGAAGAUAUGGCCACAUUACUGAAAGCCAGAAAGACGGAAGAUUCUUUUAAUCUGGGUGUUACUGUUGGGAUUCAGUACGUGGAGUUUGGAGUAUCAGGGAAUGUGGAGUCUGAGUUACUAACAAAUCUAACAAAAUACACCAAUCAGGAACUUGGCUUCAUCAGGUUGCAGUCUAAGGUUCAGACGGCCCAGUUUAAGAUGAGGAGCGAGGGGCUGAUGCUUCAUGAAGACAUGUACCUGUCCAUCAUGGAGCUUCCUGAGGAGAAGUAUGACUUUGGCCUGUACUCCCGCUUCCUCAACACUUACGGAACGCACUACGUCACCCAGGGCAUCAUGGGAGGGACCCUGGAGUAUGUGGCGGUCGUCAACACAACCGCCAUGAAUACAUCUAAGAUUGAUGCGGAACAACUGAAAGGGUGUUUGGGUGGAUCCAUUGGCAUAAGCAGUCCUAUAGGCAAGACGAAGCAGGUAGAAGUUGGAGGCAAACUUGAACUCAAAGAUUGCAAAGGCACCGGCUCUUAUGAAAAAGAGAUGUAUGGCAGCUCCAGUUUGAUCAAGGACAUUGUGACGCUGGUGAAGGGGGGCAGUACAGAAAGUAGUGGGGGUCUGCUGGCCAUCAAGGACCCUGACACAUACAGGAAGUGGGGCCUUUCUCUCAAGUACAACCCAACGCUCAUCGAGUUUGAGACCCUGCCCAUAUUUGAGCUGGUGCGUCUGAGCACAGCGGGGGACCACGUGGGGGCACGGCAAGCCCACCUGAGGAGGGCGUGGGAGGAGUACCUGCUCCAGUUCAACUCCUGUCGCUGUGCCCCCUGCAGGCAUGACGGCAUCCCUGUCCUCUCCCAGACCUCCUGCCACUGCAUCUGCAAGCAGGGCUUCGGAGGGGAAGCCUGCGAGGAAACCCUCAGGAAAGGUUCCACGACGGACGGGGCCUGGAGUUGCUGGGGGACGUGGUCUUCCUGUCAGUCAGGAAGUAAGACGCGGCGACGGUCAUGUGACAACCCCCAGCCAGAUGGGGGCGCCGCCUGCCUUGGCUCCUCCUCCCAGAACCAACGCUGUUGAUGUCACCAGCCAGACGGGUCACAGCGCAGCAGGGGGCACAGAUUUCAAAACUACAUCAGGAAGUAGGAGUGAAUACCAAUGAUGUUCAUUAUGUUACCAACUCUGUAUUUUUAUCUGGCCAGAAAGAUGAGGGUCAAAAAGUUUCUUCAGAAAUAAAAACAGUUAAAGAUA